GGUCCGAAGUUAUAUAACCUAACUUGAAAAAUUCCCCUCUUCAAAGUCUUCACAGUUCCAAUCAAUCGUUCCUGGUGAACCCUAGGCACCAACUGAAGAACCCUAAGUAACGACCGAUCUGUGUUUGUUAAUAUGGCAACGACAGAGCAACCUAAGGCACCAACUGAAGAACCUAAGGUCGAUCUGUUCGAAGACGAUGACGAAUUUGAAGAGUUUGAUAUUAAUCGAGUGUGGGAUACCAAGGAAGAAGGAAAAGAAGUAGGUCAACAGUGGGAAGAUGAUUGGGAUGAUGAUGAUGUCAAUGAUGACUUCUCUCUGCAGCUCAAGAAAGAACUUGAAAGCAAUGUCGAGAAAAAGUAAGUCGAUGGUCUUGAAGUUAUGUACUUGAAGUUGUGUUUCGCGUGCGCUUUUGCAUCUGUUUUUAGUAUAAAAUAUUUAGACCUUUUGAGUCUUUCAAAGACCUGCAGUUUUUGUGGUUAUGACUUAUGAGCUUGAACUUGAUGUUCGAUUCUUUAUUUAGUAAAGUCGAUGAUCUGGUUGGGGUGUUCA